CCGAAAACCCAGUGUCGUUUAUUUUGCACGGAGUGAAGAGAGAACCCUAACACAGCGACACGAUCACGCUGGUGCAGAUGAAGGUGAAAAAGCAGAAGCGGCAUAGAAAGAUUUUGACGUUUUACACUGCGUGCUUUGGUUUCCGAAAACCUUUCAAGGUUCUAUGUGAUGGCACAUUUGUGAAUCACCUUCUUGUAAAUCGUAUAACCCCUGCUGAUACCGCCCUUGCCAAUAUUCUCAGUGCCAAUGUCAAACUAUACACAACCAGAUGUGUUCUUGCUGAGCUGAAACGACUUGGUGCCUCUUAUUCCGAGGCUCUUGAAGCAGCUCAUAAGCUUAUAGUUGCAAGGUGUGACCAUGAUAAAUGUACGAGAGCAGAUGCCUGCAUCACAGAGGUUGUUGGAGAUAAUAAUUCUGAGCACUUCUUUGUUGCUAGUCAAGAUACUGACCUGCGGAAGAAGUUGCAAGAGGUACCCGGUGUGCCUCUCAUAUUUGGUCUCCGAAAUGCUCUUUUCCUUGAAUCUCCAUCUGCAUUUCAGCGGCAUUAUGUCAAAACUUCAGAAGAAGGACGGUUGCAUAUGAGUGAGACAGAGUACCAGAUAUUUAAGGAUAGGGUAAUGAAUAGAUUGAAUAGUGAGGAAGCUAACAGUUCCAUUACUGAAACAUUGGAAAACGAAGAUUUAGGAGAUCAAACGAUAAAUGUGCAGUCAGGGACAAAGAGCAUCACCACAACGAAUCCGAUGGACAUCAAGGAUAAACCCAAGUUCAAGAGAAAAAGAGCUAAGGGUCCAAACCCACUUUCAUGCAAGAAGAAAAGUUGUGAAAACCAAAAUAUUGGUCCUUUGAAGGAAAUGAAAGGAGACAACACAGUAAAAAGGAAUAGGAAAAGGAAGAGGUCACAUAAACGGAAAGUGUCAACAGAAACAGGCAAUUAGGUAGAUCAUUUUCAUAAAUUAAGAAUUACAAAACAGGUAUUUUUUUUACAAGAUCCUUGACUUUCUUGCCGCUGAUGAAACGAAGAGAGAGAGAAGCAAAUUUUAAUCCAUGUUGGCAUGAGGGGGAAAGUGUAUCUAGAUUAGUUGCAUGUUGAAUUUUAUACAGUUGUUUCUAUUUUGGCAUCUAAAUUCAUAAUCAAAACUUAUUUAUGGUGGUCAAUCUACUCUCUUAAUCCUUUACUAUCAAUGAAUUGAGGUUUCACCAUAUCAAAACUUUUGCUUCUUUAAGCAAAUAUGUCAUGGUUCGGUUAUCGAAUCUGUCUGAAAUUUUAGACGAGUAAUAAAUUUAUCUAUGCGUUCAGAAAUUCUUGGACCUCGGGGGUUC